UUGUAUUGACUUGAUAACACAUAUUCUUAUCAUAGCUAAACAAGCAUGAACAAUCCGCUACUCCGGUCCAGACUGUCUUAUCUGUACAGUCAACAUGGGAUCCGUGUAUAGAUUUGUACUGCUGUCAGCCUUAGUUGCAGUCCUUAGUGCUCAAUUUUGUCCUGGGGGCUGGUAUCACCACGCUACAUCUUGCUAUGCAUUCAUUGAUGCGGAACAUCUAAGCUGGGGAGAAGCCAUGUUCUAUUGCAGUACCCUUCAUGCAAAUUUAGUUCAAAUAGAGAGCUCAUCUGAAAACACCUUCCUGAAAAAUCACCUGUUUGCUGCUAAAACGAACGCAUCAUAUUGGAUCGGUCUUACGGACGCGUUCGUAGAAGGCAAGUACUUUUGGCAGACGACUCAGGAUGAAAUAAAUUUCGCAGACUGGGCGCCAAAUGAACCAAACGACGCUCACCACAACGAGGACUGCGCUGUUCUCGGCUUUGGUUUCCAUUACCGGUGGAAUGACCUGUCUUGUUCCCACCGUAUUGAUUUCAUCUGUGAAAGAACGUUAACAUCUGAAUCUGGGGUUCUCGUUGGCUGAACCCUGCUAUGUGAUUUAUCAUAUCAACUCAGGAAAUAAAUGAAUGAACAGGAGUAAUGCGUUUUCGCUAUGCCCCAUGUUGAUUUAUAUUAAAUUGUGGAUGAAAUAAAUAAAAUAUUUUUCAAAUUUA